CGGCGGCCCCGGGGGCGAGAGGGGGCGGAGCGUGGAGGCGGCAGCUGAAACCGGGCAGCGCACGGGAGCGCGUCCCGCUCCUUGGGUCUGGUGCGCCGGUCGCGGGAGCCCCACCGUGCAGUCGGAGGAAUACGUGGCCAUCAGUCAUCAUGAGCAACCCAUUUGCACACCUUGCUGAGCCGCUGGAUCCUGUACAACCAGGAAAGAAAUUCUUCAAUUUGAAUAAAUUGGAGGAUCCAAGAUAUGGGCGCUUACCAUUUUCCAUCAGAGUUCUUCUGGAAGCGGCCAUUCGGAAUUGUGAUGGGUUUUUGGUGAAGAAGCACGAUAUUGAAAAUAUUCUACACUGGAAUGUCAUGCAGCAUGAGAACAUAGAAGUGCCAUUUAAGCCUGCUCGUGUCAUCCUGCAGGACUUUACGGGUGUGCCCGCUGUGGUUGACUUUGCUGCAAUGCGUGAUGCUGUGAAAAAGUUAGGAGGAGAUCCAGAGAAAAUAAACCCUGUCUGUCCUGCUGAUCUUGUAAUAGAUCAUUCCAUCCAGGUUGAUUUCAACAGAAGGGCAGACAGUUUACAGAAGAAUCAAGACCUGGAAUUUGAAAGAAAUAGAGAGCGAUUUGAAUUUUUAAAGUGGGGUUCCCAGGCUUUUCACAACAUGAGGAUUAUUCCCCCUGGCUCAGGAAUCAUCCACCAGGUGAAUUUGGAAUAUUUGGCAAGAGUGGUAUUUGAUCAGGAUGGAUAUUAUUACCCAGACAGCCUCGUGGGCACAGACUCGCACACUACCAUGAUUGAUGGCUUGGGCAUUCUUGGUUGGGGUGUUGGUGGUAUUGAAGCAGAAGCUGUCAUGCUGGGUCAGCCAAUCAGUAUGGUGCUUCCUCAGGUGAUUGGCUAUAGGCUGAUGGGGAAGCCCCACCCUCUGGUAACAUCCACUGACAUCGUGCUCACCAUUACCAAGCACCUCCGCCAGGUUGGGGUGGUGGGCAGAUUUGUCGAGUUCUUCGGGCCAGGAGUAGCCCAGUUGUCCAUUGCUGACCGAGCUACAAUUGCUAACAUGUGUCCAGAGUACGGAGCAACUGCUGCCUUUUUCCCAGUUGACGAAGUUAGUAUCACAUACCUGGUACAAACAGGUCGUGAUGAAGAAAAAGUACAGUACAUUAAAAAAUAUCUUCAGGCUGUAGGAAUGUUUCGAGAUUUCAAUGACCCUUCUCAAGACCCAGACUUCACCCAGGUUGUGGAAUUAGAUUUGAAAACAGUAGUGCCUUGCUGUAGUGGACCCAAAAGGCCUCAGGACAAAGUUGCUGUGUCUGACAUGAAAAAGGAUUUUGAGAGCUGCCUUGGAGCCAAGCAAGGAUUUAAAGGAUUCCAAGUUGCUCCCGAACAUCAUAAUGACCAUAAGACCUUUACCUAUGAUAACACUGAAUUCACCCUUGCUCAUGGUUCUGUGGUCAUUGCUGCCAUUACGAGCUGCACAAACACCAGUAAUCCGUCUGUGAUGUUAGGGGCAGGAUUGUUAGCAAAGAAAGCUGUGGAUGCUGGCCUGAACGUGAUGCCUUACAUCAAAACUAGCCUGUCUCCUGGGAGUGGCGUGGUCACCUACUACCUACAAGAAAGCGGCGUCAUGCCUUAUCUGUCUCAGCUUGGAUUUGACGUGGUGGGCUAUGGCUGCAUGACCUGCAUUGGCAACAGUGGGCCUUUACCUGAACCUGUGGUAGAAGCCAUCACACAGGGAGACCUUGUAGCUGUUGGAGUACUAUCUGGGAACAGGAAUUUUGAAGGUCGAGUGCACCCCAACACCCGGGCCAACUAUUUAGCUUCUCCCCCCUUAGUAAUAGCAUACGCAAUUGCUGGGACCAUCAGAAUCGACUUUGAGAAAGAACCACUGGGAGUAAAUGCAAAGGGACAGCAGGUAUUUCUGAAAGAUAUCUGGCCGACUAGAGAUGAGAUCCAGGCAGUGGAGCGUCAGUAUGUCAUCCCGGGGAUGUUUAAGGAAGUCUAUCAGAAAAUAGAGACUGUGAAUGAAAGCUGGAAUGCCUUAGCAACCCCAUCAGAUAAGAUGUUUUUCUGGAAUUCCAAAUCUACAUAUAUCAAAUCACCACCAUUCUUUGAAAACCUGACUUUGGAUCUUCAGCCCCCUAAAUCUAUAGUGGAUGCCUAUGUGCUGCUAAAUUUGGGAGAUUCGGUAACGACUGAUCACAUCUCUCCAGCUGGAAAUAUUGCAAGAAACAGUCCUGCUGCUCGCUACUUAACUAACAGAGGCCUAACUCCACGAGAAUUUAACUCCUAUGGCUCCCGCCGAGGUAAUGACGCUGUCAUGGCACGGGGAACAUUUGCCAACAUUCGCUUGUUAAACAGAUUUUUGAACAAGCAGGCACCACAGACUAUCCAUCUGCCUUCUGGGGAAAUCCUUGAUGUGUUUGAUGCUGCUGAGCGGUACCAGCAGGCAGGCCUUCCCCUGAUCGUUCUGGCUGGCAAAGAGUACGGUGCAGGCAGCUCCCGAGACUGGGCAGCUAAGGGCCCUUUCCUGCUGGGAAUCAAAGCUGUCCUGGCCGAGAGCUAUGAGCGCAUUCACCGCAGUAACCUGGUUGGCAUGGGGGUGAUCCCACUUGAGUAUCUCCCUGGUGAGAAUGCAGAUGCCCUGGGGCUCACAGGGCGGGAACGAUACACUAUCAUUAUUCCAGAAAACCUCAAACCACGAAUGAAAGUUCAGGUCAAGCUGGAUACUGGAAAGACUUUCCAGGUUGUCAUGAGGUUCGACACUGACGUGGAGCUCACUUAUUUCCUCAAUGGGGGCAUCCUCAACUACAUGAUCCGCAAGAUGGCCAAGUAGGAGACCUGCACUUGGUGCUGCGCCCAGGGAGGAAGUCGCACCACCAGCCAGCCCAGGCCCUGGUGGAGAGGCCUCCCCGGCUGCCUCUGGGAGGGGUGCUGCCUUGUAGAUGGAGCAAGUGAGCACCAGGGUUUUGGUGCCAAUCCUGCAGGCACAAAACCAGAAGUUUCUACAUUCUCUAUUUUUGUUAAUCUUCUCUUUUUCCAGAAUUUGGAAGCUAGAAUGGUGGGAAUGUCAGUAGUGCCAGAAAGAGCCAAGCUUGUCUUUAAAGUUACUGAUCACAGGACGUUGAUUUUUCACUGUUUCUUAUUAAUCUUCAGCUGAACACAAGCAAACCUUCUCAGGAGGUGUCUCCUACCCUCUUAUUGUUCCUCUUACCCUCUGUUCAAUGAAACCUUUCUCUUGAGGGUCAUUUUCCUUUCUAUAUUAUACCAGUGUUAACUGACAUGGAUAGAUACCAAAUCAGAGCAGUGAUCCUCUCCCCUUUUCCUUCAGAGUGAAUCAUCCAGACUCCUCAUGGACAGGUUGGGUGUUGAAGUUUUUUUGAUUAUGUACCUUUUGAUAGAUCCACAUAAAAAGAAAUGUGAAGUUUUCUUUUACUAUCUUUUCAUUUAUCAAGCAGAGACCUUUGUUGGGAGGCGGUUUUGGCAGAACACAUUUCUAAUUUGAAUGAAAUGAAAUCUAUUUUCAAUGAAAACAUGUUGACUUUGAGUUUUGCUGUGUUUGUGGCUGGAAUUUUGGGACAUUUAGUGCAGAGUGAAUCUCAGACUAUGUCAUUAGGAAGCCUGAACAACCUUCAUAUUCUCCCAUUUUUACAACUCUAUCAGAAUUGUACAGGUAUAAUGGAAAUGUUUAGGAACCAUUAUGCUCUACCCUGUUUGGGAGCAGACAAGAGGGAAGAGUAGCCUGGUAGCAGUAGCAAUGAUGUGAGUAUGUAAGGAAAAGCAGAUGAUUGGUUUUUAGUGCCCUGAAGUUUAUCUGCUCAUUUUUACCCCUGUAGUCGUCUUAGUUUGCUUGGGCUGCUAUAAUGUAAUACCAUAGACUGAAUGGCUGAAAGAAUAGAAAUGCAUUUUCUCACAGUUAUGGAGGCUGGAAUUCUGAGAUCAAAGUUCUAGCCACUUCAUUUUCUGGUAAGGACACUCUUCCUGGCUUACAGAUGGCCACCUUCUUGCUUGUUCUCACAUGGCAUUUCUUUGGUUUGUGCCUGGUGGGAGAGAGAGAAAAUGGGCUCUCUUCUUACAGCAACACUAAUUGUAUUGGAUCAGGGUUCCACUCUUAGGGAGACCCAGGAAAACUGGUGGUAUAACUUGGUUCAAGUCCAAAUGCCUAAGAACCUGGAGGGGCAUGGGGAAUGCUGGUGUAAGUCCCAGAGUCGGAAUGCCCAAGAACCAGCAGGAGCUGUGAUGUCCAGGGACAGGAGGGCAGGAUCUUUGUAACGAAUUUUUUAUGUCAAACUUAGCACUCAGGGGAUAUGGCCUGGUCAUCAGAACGUCUGGAAUCUAAUCCUUUUUCUACUUCUCACCAGAUGAGGGAUCAAGACAGGUUAUUUAGCAUCCCUACACUUGCGGUCCUGGGGAUCUUAUUUAUAUUCAUAAAAAAAAUUACAAACAGCCAGGCACGGUGGCUCACACCUACAAUUCCAGCACUUUGGGAGGCCGAGGCGGGUAGAUCAUCUGAGGUCAGGAGUUCUAGACCAGCCUGGCCAACAUGGUAAAACCCUCUCUACUAAAAAUACAAAAAUUAGCCAGGUAUGGUGUUGGGCACCUGUAAACCCAGCUACAUGGGAGGCUGAGGCAGGAGAAUUGCUUGAACCUGGGAGGCAGAGGCUGCAGUGAGCCGAGAUCAUGCCAUUGUACUCCCGCCUGGCUACAAGAGCAAAACUCCAUCAUCUCAAAAAAAAAAAAAAAAAAAAAAAUUACAAACAGAACUCCAUUGUACAAAAAGCCUGUGAUCCUCAUGUUAGGAUCAGUCCUAGAAUAAAAACACUAAGAAUGGCUGAGAAAACAGACCUCCACCCUCUUAGCUCUCCAUUACUGAGCAGCUGGGGAGCUGUCUUGCUCCCCAUAUUCAGUGGCUCCUAUGGUCUCAAUGUUUGUAUCCUCCCCAAAAUUCACGUGGUGAAACCUUAACCCCCUAGGUGUUGGUAAUAGAAGCUGGGGCCUUUGGAAGGUGAUUAGAUCAUGGUGGUGAGGCCCUCAUGGAUGGGGGUAGUGCCUUAAAAGAGGCUCAAGAUAGAGACCCUCCUCAUUUCUUCUACCAUGGGAGAACACAGCAAGAAGGUACCAUCUGUGAACCAGAAAAUCUGUGAACCAGAAAGUGGGUUCUCACCAGUUACUGACUCUGCCAGUGCUUUGAACCUAGACUUUCAGCCAGAACUGUGAGGAACGUCUAUUGUUUAUAAGGCACCCAGUUCAUAUUUAGUUACAGCAGCCCAACCAAAGACCGUGGUUAUGAGGAAACAGAUGCUUGUGGCUAGACUAAUGGAAUUGGGUCCCUUACCUCCAAGUAUACCCUCUGUCCUUUUCAGUAAAAAUAUCUUUGCCAGACACAGUGGCUCAUGCCUAUAAUCCCAACACUUUGGGAGGCCGAGGCUAGAGGGUUGCUUGAGCCCAGAAGUUUGAGACCAACCUGGGCAACACUUUACAAAAAGAAAUUAAUUAAUUAAAUCAGCCAGGUGUGCACCUGUGGUCCCAGCUUUUGAGGAGGCUGAGGUGGGAGGACCACUUGAGCCUGGGAGGUCGAGGCCAUGAUUGUUCCACUGCACUCCAGCCUGGGCAACAAAGUGAGACCCUAUCACCCCCCCCCCCCCCCCAGAAAAAAAAAAAAAAAGUAUCUUGGCCAGUGUCUCAACCUUGCCCAGUGUCUCAACCUUGCCCACUAACAAGCCUAAAUAAACCAACUUCUUUUACCUGGUUCUUUAACGGCUGGUCAUCUUACUAUCCAAAUUAAAAAUAUGCUGUUCUCCCUCCCAUAUUCUUUGGGAAUGAAGAUUCCCAUGUUUGUUGUGAUAGUUUCCAAAUUCAUUACUGCCUGAUCCCUCCUAGGGAAAAAGGCAUUCCUGGCAUCCACAGCAAGCUCAGAGUUAAUAUUUUUAACAUAGCAAAUAAGGACAAGGGAUGCCCUUCAUGUGUAUUUACACACCAGAUUUUUACGGUACGUAGGGAGUAAUCUAGGGGAAAGAUACAUUAGGCAUGAAUCUUAGCUGUGGUAGAAGCACAACUGAAAUUAGCUAAAGCAAAAAAAAAAAAAACAGCUGGCUCAUAGAACUUGAGGAACAGUGGUGGCCAUGACUGUGGGCUCGAUUGGAUCUAGUGACUCAAGCUCCCUUCCAUUUGCCCCUCCAACCACCCCCCAUCCCUCCGCCAAUCAUACCUUCUAUUGGCCUCUGCAGUAGAGUGGCCUCUUCUGGGCCCUUCCAUAUGCCAGGGGAUAUGGCCACCAGCAGUUCUGGGGCAACCAUUAAUAAUUUGUGAUCUUGGAGAUUUGUCUCUCAGUAUUCCCUAGGGCAAAAAUAUUGGGAGUUCCUAGUCACCUAAAUGAAGAACUUUAUUUUUGGCAGUUUCCCUUUCAGGGCUGUAACAGGACUGGAGUAAUGCACGGGGUUAUGUAGGAGCAAUGCAGAGCCACUUUUGAAAAAUGGUAACCAAGGUUCUUCUGGCUGCCUUCUUAGGACAUUAUUAAAUGUCAUAAACACAAGUGGAUUUUAAUACCCAGCCAGUUUGUGUUCAACCAGACGGCAUAAUUAUCAUAAAAAAAGAUUACAUAAUGGUAGCUGAUAUUCUUAUUUUUAAAAGUUGACAUCCCAAGAGUGAAUCCUACAUAUUCAAUAUAGAUUUAUUGAAUGAAAUUCGUAGUUUUAUAUUAUAAUGAAACAGAGUUCCAGGCAUGUACCUGCCAAAUUUGGUUCUGGUUGUCUUUUUGUAUGUAGGCUGGGUACCUGCUAUUGUGCUUCUACAGGAUGUUAACAGUGUCCCCUGAGUAAAACAGACCCAGGGUCAGUACAUUUGGGAACCACUGAGUUAAAUGGGUUUUAUCACUGCAGAACAGACACAAGAACAAUGUGUGCUGUAAAUCACUGUUUGCAGGGAAGGUGGCAGCAAAUGGCACAGAAACCCACCUGACCACAGAGUGCUUUCUUCUGGGCGUCUCACACACUGGGCUCCACAGGAUGCUCUUGAGAAACACUGAGCUAUGGUUGGUCUGCUGUUUGAAAUUCAAAUAAUAAUGAAUCAAUUUUAAGG